CAUGCACACCAUUGGAGAAAGUAAAUACAAUCACUGGUUUGACGGCAUGGCUCUGCUGCACAGUUUCACCAUAAAAAAUGUGGUCUGCAUGUUGAGACAGGGAAAACAGACCUGCAAGCCCCAAGAUGCUGAGGUUUUCUUCUUUAGUAGCUUUCAUCCUUAGCAAAUGUGGGAACCUCCUGAAGCUCCGUCCUGAUGCACCAUGAGCAAUAGGCAGUGGAAUAUUGUGAAAAACGGGAUCUUGUCUACCCCUCAAGAGGAAUCUGUGCUCCCUGCACAAGAAAAAGAGAGUGAAGUUUUCUAUAGAAGUAAAUACCUCCGCAGUGACACAUACAAUUGCAAUAUGGAGGCAGACAGAAUUGUGGUGUCCGAAUUUGGGACCAUGGCAUAUCCAGAUCCAUGCAAAAAUGUAUUUGCCAAGGCAUUCUGCUAUCUAUCGCACACGAUCCCCGAGUUCACGGACAACUGCCUCAUCGGUAUCAUGAAAAAUGGCGAAGAUUAUUAUGCUACAAGUGAGGUCAAUUUUCUUAGGAAGAUAGAUCCUCAGAGUCUAGAAACCCUAGAGAAGGUUGACUACAAAAAGUACAUGGCCAUCAAUCUGGUAACAGCUCACCCUCAUUACGACAGUGCUGGAAAUAUUUUCAAUAUAGGCACAUCUAUUGUGGAUAAGGGGAAGACCAAAUAUGUUUUCUUUAAGAUCCCCCCUUCAGCACCAGCAAAUGAGAAGAAUAAAAAGAAGGCGGGCUGGAAAUGUUUGGAAGUGAUUUGUACCAUCCCUUCCCGGUCCCUUUUUCACCCCAGCUAUUACCACAGCUUUGGGAUUUCGGAAAAUUACAUCCUAUUCCUAGAGCAGCCCUUCAAACUGGACAUACUCAAGAUGGCAACUGCCUACAUUCGCGGGGUGAACUGGGCCUCUUGCAUUGCCUUCAACAAGGAUGACAAGACAUGGAUCCAUCUCAUUGACAAAAGGACCAAGAAAGAGGUGUCUGCCAAGUUCUGCGCAGAUGCCAUGAUCGUCUUUCACCAUGUAAAUGCUUAUGAGGAAGAGGACCACAUGGUCUUUGACGUCAUCACCUAUGCAGAUGGAAGCUUGCACCAAAUGUUCUACUUAAAGAACUUGGAAGGUCACUUUGAUAACAACGUGAAGCUCUCUUGCAUACCAGUCUGCAAGCGGUUUGUGCUUCCCCUGCAGUACGACAAGGAUGCAGAAAUAGGCACCAAUUUGGUCCGACUCCCAUCAACCACGGCAACAGCAGUGAAGGAAAAAGAUGGUAGUAUCUACUGUCAGCCUGAAGUACUGUGUGAAGGAAUUGAAUUCCCUCGCAUCAACUACGAUUACAAUGGCAAAAAGUACAGAUACAUCUUUGCUGUAAAUGUUAAUUGGGGCCCAGUUUCCACCCAGAUAAUUAAAUUUGACACCCUGACAAAGAAGUCUUCUUACUGGGAGGAGGAGCAUUGCUGGCCAUCCGAACCCGUCUUUGUUCCUUGCCCGAACGCCAAAGAAGAAGACGAUGGUAUCAUCAUGUCAACCAUUGUGACAGUAGAGCCCCAGAAGCCAGCUUUCCUGCUGAUCUUGGAUGCCAAAACAUUUAAGGAAAUAGCUCGGGCCAUGGUAAAUGUAGAACUGCACCUGGACUUACAUGGAAUCUUCAUACCAAAGGAGGAUUUGAAGGCAGAACAUGAGACGGAUUUGCACAAACAACACGAGUAAAGGACUGUUGUACUUUCUAACAUGAGUUAAACCAACUGUAAACUGUUUGCUGAUUUGUUUAUACCCCAGUGCCUCCAUGUUAGCCUGCACCGCCUGGUUUUUGGCCUGCUGCAGUGAUCAGAAAAACCUUAGCACUUCCUGUUUGGUAUUGCAGAAGGUAAGACCCGAAGUUCCUGCCCCAUACCGGGAGACUCUAGCUCUCCUUGGAGGCUGGAGAUCUAGUCAUAUGGGGUGAGAAUGAGAUCUGGCCAGGCUGUGUACAUUCUACAUCCUUGGGAUGAGACGGUGGCUCACAUCAUAAAAAUAGCAGGUGAAGUAGUAAAAUCCUAGCAUUUUAUAAUUGGAAGAAACUUUGCAGGCCAUCUAGUCCACCCCUCUGUUCAUUGCAAAAAUUUUGCAGUGGCAGCGUGCCUGACGGAUGGCCAUCCAGCCGUUGCUUAAAUGCCUCCAUGGAAGGUCUCUUCCACAACCUCCGGAGGCAUCUGUUCCACUGUCAAACAGCUUUUGCUGUAAGGGAGUUUCAUGCACAGUUGGCUGCUUCCUUCAGUUGCAAACCCAACUAUUAUUGUCUUGUGCAGCAACAAAGAAAACGUUUUUUCCAUCCUCUCUGUAACAACACUCUGGAUACUGGAGGACGGCUAGUGAUGCAGCUCAAGCAAUCAAACGUGUGUGCAUGGGAGCGAUCGUAAUUGUGGACUCCCAAGUGCAGACCUGCUGUCACGUCGCCAAAAUUGCCGCCCCUGGGACACGAGGAGAUGGGGCGGGGGGGGGGGGGGAACAACCCAGAGAUUUGGUCCAUGGAUUGUUGCUGGAUUAAGAAUUUGUGCUGCUGCUCCCUGCCUUUUGAGCCUAGAUGUUACAACAGAGAAGCUCGAAUCAGGCGUUCUUGGGUUUAACAAAGCUGGCACAGGCUAGUGGGUGGGAGCUCACUUCCAGCUACUUGGAAACUUCCCAGAGUUAACAAUCCAUGGGUUGCUUUAUUGUCAGGGUUAUAUACUAGAGGUGAGCACUUGCCUGAAGAUUUGACUGAGACCCUGAAUCAGUAUUUUGGAAAAUGGCCUGAUUCUGCUCACAGAAUUUUGGAGGUCUUGCCAAACCCAACGUAAGAUUCAGAUAUAUGAGGCUUUGUGUUUCCCAUUGUUUGUCCUUGGCACCUGUAUAGUUUUACAUAUUGAAAGGGAACUGCUGCUAAUAUUCUUAAGUACUUUUUGGCAGAAUUGGAUGAAAUUGGCAGGGAUGGCUAUCCCUUCUGAGGGAACCGAACCUGGCAAGUUUCAGAUGUAUAGGUGUACUGAUUUUUGUGCAAGAGUAUUCUUUAUGUUUUGAGGGUCUCAGAGAGGGAAAGGUACUUACCUCCCUAUAUUUCAUGUGGAACACUGUUCUGAGAAGAAAAGAAAGAUGGGUACAGGAGAGAGGGAGCUGUGAUGGCUGAAAAUAAUUUAAGGCCUUUUUUUCAUAAUGAAGCCUAGUGGUACAGAAAGAAUGAUCAUCUCAUGGUCCCCUAAAGUAUGGUGAUUAAAGAGCCCUUGGCGAAAUGUGUUCUCUGAUCAGGAAGUGGACUAGCCAAUCAUCCAGUCCUUUCCCCUACUCCCACAUCAUCAGUGUUUAGAGAAACAGAAGUGAAAAGAGGCUGUUUCUGAAGCUACAUAUGAUGGAACAAUGCUUCACCUCUGAACAUUUCAGAGAGAAGCCUGCUUUAUGCGAAGAAGCACCAGGGUCUGCAGCAGACUUUUCUUAGCCUAGGCAGCAGAGGGAUGGGGAAGAGCCUGAGCUGGUCUUAAGGAUAGACCUGGCGUCUUUUUAGAGCCCACCAGUAAGAGCGCUUCUUCUCUUCUCCACCAUCAUCUUCCUGUCCAUCAGCCUUUUGUUCUGGCUCAGGCAGUGGUGGUAGUGAUGGUCAGGAGGAGGAGGAGCUGAGGUCCCGGGCCAGGGCCCUGAUUAGAGUUGUCAUAGCAGCUUGUGACAGUGGUAAUGAAAAAGGACACUCUGCGGGAGGAGGCCCCUUGCGGAAUCUCGCCCAAGCAUUUCAAAACCUGGAGCCCGCACUGGGGGGGGGGGGGGUAAUCUCUUAAAAACACAAAGCAAAAUAAAAAGAAUACUUUUGCAAGCAAGAGUAUUCAUACGCGUUGACUUUUCUACCUUUUGUUGUGUUGCAGCCUGGAGCGGAAAUAGAUUUAGUUGGCAUUGUUACCACUUGGUGUACACUAGAUUUCCAGUACAGUAAAGUGCAAGUACUGCCCAUUGUUCUUCCUGGCAAAGGUAGCCCAGCGCUGCCGGAUUUAUGGGGACCGUCGGUGAACGACCCCUUUCGAGUCAUGUCACACGUUCUCAAUCAAACAGAGGUCUGGGCUUAGUGCCAUUCCAAGAACUGUUCUAAAGUUCUUGCUUUUAAAGCACUCUGGUGUUCAGGGUGUUCCACGCUCCUGGAAUCUCUAACCUAGUCGAUGGUGCCUUGAAACAGGUGUUUCUCUAGAAUUCUGUUUGGCUCCAUCUGCCUUGCUCUGAGUCCUGGGCAGUUUCCUAGUCCCUGGUGAGGAGAAGCACCCCCACGACAUGACCACGUUGUGCCACAAAGGGCAGCUUGCAGUGAGGCCAAAUGUUACGUGUUGACCUCGAGACUGGAUAGCAUCUCUGCAUGCAUCUGCUGUGUCUCCUGCGUGCCUGUUUGCCAGCUCGGAGCAGGGUGGGUGAUAGCUGGCCAUAGAAGAGUUCUGCCACCAAGCUGUGGCACCCUCCGUCUCCUUCAGGCCUGCCCCGCCUCUUGGUUGCUUCUCCAACUGGGUCCUCCAUACCCAGUGACUGAGCUCUGGUAGGCAGCCUUCUCUAGGCAGCACUGCAGCUGAGUAUAUUCUUUUCCUUUUGGAUUAAUGGAUACAACACUGUUCCAGUGGGUGUUCGUGGCCUUUUUUUAAUCACCUGAACCUGUCUGGUGCUUCUGGACAAGUUUAUUCCAUGUCUGUUUCUAUAGUUUCUUGGUCUUAGUAGUGCUAUUGUCUAGCUCUGCUCUCCAGCAAAUUCUGGGCUUUCCCAAAACUGGUGUAUUUAGUCGGAUAUCACGUGGCAAAGGGAUCACACACAGGUGGGCUCCUUUCAACCAGUUUAGCACGUGAUCCCUGAUCCUAUUCAGGCAGGUCGCAGCAAAGGGGCUGAAUACUUACCCAGGUGGCAGUCCGGUUUUGUUCACUGAACUUUUGUGCCACAAUAAAACCAUUUUGCACUUUCGCAGUGUUAAGGACCUUUUGUGCAUGGAGUGACAACAAUGGAAAUCCAAUCCAUUAAAAUUCCAAGUUCUGAUACAAGAUGCUAUUCCACAAAACGUUGAGAAGUCGAAGGGUGUAUGUGAAUAUUUUCAUCAGACACUGCAUAUUAACUUUCAACAAAACAAAACAAUACAAAGAAAACCCCCACAAUCUUCUUCCCUGAAUGUGAAUUAAUAUUUUAUUAAACGCAUAUGAAAUGUAUACCACCAGGGAACCGUGUGCAGUUAAUGACAGUGCCUGAAUACAACAUAAUCUGCAAACAGUUUUGUAUGAGCUGCUUCUUAAUUUCAGUGCAGACUUGAACUAGACUAAAAUGGAGAAUUAUGCUGUUUUUGAAUUGUUGUGAACUGUCUUUAAAAUUUAUGUCAGCAGCUUUGCAAGAACGAAUGAACGUUUGUGUACAACAGAGGCUAGCAUUUUCUUUGCUCUGUCUGGUUUAGUUUCUGACAGGUCUUGCAAGAUAUUUAAUUCUGUGUAACAAACUAUGAACUGCUUGAGCAAGUGUGUUUACAAGGUGAUAGGCAAUCACCUGCCAAGCUUUUAUGUAAUCUUUGUGAAUCAUUUUUAAAGCUGCAUGUAAUGGAACCAACUUCACAAGCAACUGUAAUCUGGGAUUCUCAGAACCUUGAGAUCCAUUUGGUGCUUCAUUUCCUCAAUUCAAUCAUCAAACCAAAGUGAAAUACAGACUAAGGUGCUAAAAAGUCUUAACCACAUGUUUAGAUACAGCUUUUGCUAACAUGGAUCAGUCUAGGACCUUUCAACAGAAGGAAAUUUUGUUCUCCCUCCUCAAUGGAGGAAUAGUUAGACCAUUUCAAUUCCUGCAAGGUUGUAUAUAACUUAAAAUUGUAUUUUAAUUGUAUGUAAACUAAACUUUUCCCUCUCAAAUCCUUCAGUUGUACUUUGCUUUUUUCCUAGCAAUAACUGAUAAAAAUUCAGUGGAGUCUCAUAAAUAAAGUUUUGUCAUUUCCA